UUCUGACGUGGGCUGUCUGGAACAGCUGCCGAGCCGACAAGCCAGCCUCCCGGCGAGCCAGACACGGUCUAUCCUGCCUGAAUAUCAGCCUCUUUUUUUAUUUGUCGGCUACGAUGAGGUGGUGACCCUGGUUCGGCCAGGCCGUGAGAUGAUUGCAGCUUGGCAAAGAGAAAGGACGAAGCAGAGAGAUUGAGAAAGAAGAAUGGGAAGGAGCAUUUGGGGCUUCUGGCAAGGCAUCUUCUCUACUGCAGUGCUCUAUGGAUCUUUGGCCCUGUUUACCUCCAUCCUCCACAAUGUGUUCCUGCUUUAUUAUGUGGAGACUUUUGUGUCCAUCUACAAGAUUGAUAAAAUCUCCUUCUGGGUGGGAGAGACGGUGUUUCUUAUCUGGAACAGUCUGAAUGAUCCCCUCUUCGGCUGGCUGAGUGACCGCUCCUUCCUCAGCUCUCCUCAGUCAGGCUCUCAGAUCACAACUCCAGAGGUGGUGCUGAAGCGCCUGAAGGCCCUCUCCACAAAUGGCCCUCUCUUCGCUCUGUCCUUCCUGGCCUUCUGGGUGGCGUGGGCCAGACCGGGCCUGCAGUUCCUGCUCUGCCUGUGUCUGUACGACGGCUUCCUGACGAUGGUGGACCUCCACCACAGCGCCCUACUGGCCGACCUCGCCGUGUCCGCCACCGACCGCACACGCCUCAACUUCCACUGCUCGGUGUUCAGCGCUUUGGGCUCCUUCUCCGUAUUUCUGUCCUACUCUUUCUGGAACAAGGAGGAUUUCUACUCUUUCCGUCUCUUCUGUGUAACUCUGGCAGCUUUUUCCAUCUUGGGCUUUUUGUUGGUGUCUCGGUUGCUACAGCAGCGUUUUAGGAAGGAAAUCCGUCCGAAACCAGACGAAGCGUCAGCACUUAAAGAGCUGAGUGUUGGCCACGCUCCACUCACCAAUCCAGAAAAACCUGUCACUAUCGGACAGUAUCUCAAGCAGCUGUCUAAACAUAGGAACUUCAUGUGGUUUGUGUCAAUGAACCUUAUUCAGGUGUUUCACUGCCAUUUCAACAGCAACUUCUUCCCUCUGUUCCUGGAGCAUCUCUUGUCCGACAAUAUCUCUGCCUCCACAGGUUCCAUCUUACUUGGCAUCUCUUACACUGCCCCCCACCUGAACAACUUGUAUUUCCUGACACUGUGCCAGCGUUAUGGGGUUUACCAGGUUAUCCGUUGGCUAUUUAUGCUCAAACUGGGACUUAGUGUGGCUAUGCUGCUAGCAGGGGCCGACCACAUUUAUCUGCUGUGCAUCUUCAUUGCUAGUAACCGGGUGUUUACAGAGGGAACCUGCAAGCUGCUGAAGCUGGUGAUUUCUGAUCUGGUGGAUGAGGACUUUGUGGUGAACCGACGUCAGCAGGCCGCCUCUGCUCUGCUCUUCGGGAUGGUUGCCUUGGUGACCAAACCUGGCCAGACAUUCGCCCCACUCAUCGGCACCUGGCUGCUUUGUGUUUACACAGGUUACGACAUCUUUGACAGAGAGCCCGCGAAGAACUCCGUUUCGAUGUCCGACGUCGCCUCUAGCUCAGGGACUCCGCCGCUACGCCUGGGCUGCUUCUACAUGUUGGUGUUCGUGCCUAUCACCUGUGCCCUGCUCCAGCUGGCCGCCUGGUCUCGCUUCACACUUCACGGCCGCAAGCUGCAAGGGAUCAAGACCCUGAGGCAGGGGGCCCAGCACGGCCACCUUAUUGAUGUCAAGGCCAUAUGAACUGAGAAGAGCUGGUUGAAGAAGCUGCACACAGACACUUUUCAAAUAAUCAGUUUUACAAUCCCUUUGAUACAGUCUUAGAGGAGAACGAAGCAGAAAAGCUGCUCCGUCUUUUCCCGCGGCUUCGUGCACAAGAACAUGAACGAUUACACAACAUGUGGCUUUGCAUUCAGUGAAAAAUGCACAGUGGGCUGACCAGUCCCACCAGUAGGAACACGUAACUACAAUUUAGACAAGUUAAUCUGCCUUAUUUUUUGUACUAAAAUGUGAAACUAUAUUUAUAUCUGAACCGAUGACCAAAAGAUAAAGUUAAAAAAACAAACAACUAAUCAAUCCGUUUGGAUGCUGAUGGACCAAGAUGAUGUGUUUUCAUGUUGCGGGCCAAAGAUGGGUUGUCCUCUUUAAAACUGUUGUAAACUAAUGUUGCUGCUACAUAAAAUGUUAAGUAGCACCAUCCUGUUUUGAGACACAGAAAGAGAACAGGUUCUUGUUUAUUUUAUUAACAAGAUAAAGAAACUAAAAUAAAACUGCAUUGUGUUCAGAGUGGUAUCGAUGCUGCAUGGAACCAGUACUGCAGAGCUGAUUAUUUCACUGUGUCUUUACAUUCACACAGAGCGUCCUGCCAGUUUGAUGUUGAGAACUGUAUUUUGUAAUAUGUCCAGUAUUUUUGAUGUUUUUGCACAAAACUGCCAUUUGUCUGUUCUUCUAACAUUCUGAUUGUGACUUACUGUGUGUACUGUUGUGAUGGAUUUAGGAAACGAGGAUGGUAACCAUACUGUCAGUUCACUUUUCUAUUUUUUCAGAUUACUACAAAAGAAUGUGAGACAUCUAUUGUAUGUUGAGAGUUAACCAAACUCUGCUGUGCCAUAAUGUGGUUACCAGUGACUUUUCUUCACAAGAUAAAAAAAUAAAUAAAUAAAAUGCUUUAUUCUAA